CCAAAAUCAAAUGUAAAAAAUUUAACCAUGUGAUGCACGGAUUUUCCCUUUCCUAGUUUCCUGUCUCUACAGCAAGUGAGUUACAGCAAAACUCACUCUCAACCUUAGCGCGUGAGUCACGCACUUCACUACGUAUGAAUGGGAUACAAAAAAUGGAAGGUAGGUUACCCGGGGAUUUCCAUGUCUUCAGCUCCGCUAUUUAUAUCCUUUGCUCUCUCUUUCUCUCAAAACCAGCGAUCGAAGAUUUUUAUUUUCGUUUUUCUUUCUCUGGAAAAUUUGCUGAAUAUCUUAAGGCUUUGUUUGGUUUAAACUAUUUUUGACAAAGUCUAGUAGAAUAGAAAAUAAACACAAUGGAAGUAAUUGAAACUCAAACAGCUCUUUCAAAUUUCUGUCUCCAGUCAAAGUCUCCGUUCUGUAACAUUUCCACCUCGGACCUUCCAAACACAGGGUUCCCUGGGGGCUCCGAGCCGUCCCAUUUUUUCUCUAUGAAUAGUCCCAAAGAAGCAAGGGAAUCAGAUUCUCCGUCGGGGAAUAAUGGUGGUGGAUUUCAAAUGCCGGUGGGGUCGUUGAUCGAUGGUCGAGAUUCCUUGGGUUCGAAUCACUCGUCUGGUGGGCCUUGUGGUCGGUCGAACGCGGCUGUUAAGGUUCAGAAGGUGUACAGGAGUUACCGGACACGGCGUAGGUUAGCAGACUCCGCUGUUGUCGCUGAAGAACUCUGGUGGCUGGUUUUAGAUUAUGCAAGGCUUAAUCAUAGCACAAUUUCGUUUUUCAAUUAUUUGAAACCAGAAACUGCUGUUUCAAGGUGGAAUCGUGUUAGUUUAAAUGCUUCUAAGAUUGGGAAGGGAUUAUCUGAAGACGCCAAAGCACAAAAAUUGGCUUUUCAACACUGGAUUGAAGCUAUUGAUCCGCGUCAUCGCUAUGGGCAUAACUUGCAUAUUUAUUACGAGGAGUGGUGUAAAGCUGAUGCUGGUCAACCAUUUUUCUACUGGUUAGAUAUAGGGGAUGGCAAAGAUAUUAAUCUGAAAGAAUGCCUGAGAUCGAAGCUUCAACAGCAAUGCAUUAAGUAUCUUGGACCUCAAGAGAGGGAGCAUUAUGAGUACAUUGUUGUUGAAGGAAAGAUUAUCCAUAAACAAACCGGAAAUGUGCUUGAUACAAUCAAAGGAUUGAAAGAGGGGAAAUGCAUAUUUGUUAUGAGCACCUCCAAGAAAUUGUAUGCCGGCGAGAAGAAGAAAGGAAUGUUUCAUCAUUCUAGCUUCUUGGCUGGAGGAGUGACAUUAGCAGCUGGUAGGCUGAUGGCAGAGCAUGGAACCCUUAAGUCCAUCUCUGCAUAUAGUGGACAUUACCGGCCAACAGAUGAUAGUCUUGAGAGUUUUCUAUCCUUUCUGAAGGAGAAUGGAGUGAACCUUAGUGAAGUUGAGAUAUGCCGGGCGACUGAUGAUUCUGAUAGCUAUGAUGAUGGCAAAUCCAGGAGUGUUGGGACAACAGUUGAAUUUUCAACAAGCUCACAGCCAACUGAACUUGAAAUUGACAAUGAAGAGAAGAAUUUGUCAUCAGAAUCAUCUGAAACUAAUGAAACAGAGACCAAAAAUAAUUUCGAAAGGACUUUAUCUGGUGGUCUUCAGAGCCCAAGAGCUGAAGUGCCUGAAAAAGCCAUAUUGCAAAGGAUCAACUCCAAGAAGGCUACAAAAUCAUACCAAUUAGGACAUCAGCUGUCACUCAAAUGGUCAACUGGGGCUGGGCCAAGGAUUGGGUGCGUUGCUGACUAUCCUGUACAGCUGAGACAACAAGCAUUAGAGUUUGUCAACCUUUCUCCAAGAGCUCCUCAGACCCCUUCCGCAUUCCUGUGUCCAACAACGCCACGCACCCGUUCCACACCUUCAGCAUGGCGGUGUCCUGGUGGCCUUGCACCAAUUAUAUCUCAGCCGACAUCGGAUGACUCUAUCGCUGAUAGGACUUCUGGCAACUGAGUGUAAUAUACCAUUAGUUUAUCUUUAGGAUUCUAGCAUAAUGGAUGCAUUAGUGAAGGCGACCUGAUCUUGAAUAUCUUAAAAUCAUUUAAUAAUAUAUAUUUUUUAUUUGAAGCUAUCAUCACUCCAAUAAUAAAUU